CCGACAUCGGAAUCACUUAUUGGUAAUGGACUUUAUUACACUUUAUUCGAUGCUUUCUGGGAGCUUUGGUAUUUCGUCAUCAUCAGGUUGAGAAACAUGAAUGAAACUAUCAGUGGCAGAUAGUGAAUAACCUCAAUCUUAGAAUUUACGUAGUAUUAUAUAUAACGGUAGUAUACGAGCACGUGUAGAAACAAUGUUUCGAGUGUAUCAUUUCGCUAAUGCGACUCUGCAUGCUGGAAAAAACAGUGUCAAAAAACGUUUCAUAAGUUUUCUGAAAAUGAAGGAAACAAUCGAGCGACUGUUCGACAUGAACUCCGUUAGGUUACCGUACACACAUGUUUGUCAAGUUGGCGAUCCUGUUUUACGCGAUUGCGCCAUGAAGAUAGAACCAGAAAUCGUAAGAAUGGCGGACUUUCAAAAGCUAAUCAAACAUUUAACAAGCGUUAUGCGGACAUAUAACGCAUAUGGUUUAUCCGCACCUCAAAUCGGACUCCCGUGGCAAAUAUUCGCCAUCGAGUGCACGGAGAGGAACAUGAAGGGGAUCGAGGAGACUGUCAAGAAGGCUCAGGAAAUGAGUAUCAUCCCGAUGACGAUUUUUAUCAACCCCGAAUUAAAAAUUAUAGAUUAUACAUCUAUCACCUUUUACGAGGGAUGCGAGAGCAUUCGAGGAUUUACCGCUGCUGUACCCAGAGCCUAUGAAAUAGAAAUUACGGCUUUGAACGCUUCCGCUGAACAGUUCACAUGGAGAGCACGUGGAUGGGCCGCUAGAAUAGCGCAACACGAAUACGAUCAUCUACAGGGAAAGCUGUACAUAGACAAAAUGGACGUAAAAACAUUUAAUUUUUCGGCUUGGGAAAAAAUUAACAAAUAUAAAGGUAAAGUACAUUUAACUUAUCGGCCGUGAAAGUAACACGUAUAUAGCGCAUAUACAAAUUAAUAUUUAUAUUAACUGAAAUAAAUGCACGGUGUUUACAUGAAAGAAUUUCAACGUGCUUAUUUAUACGUUCUCUAUCAUAUAAUUUACAACAUGUACAUAAAACUGAUUAUCUGAA